AUGAUGAUAAUAUUUCUUUUUUUUAUUUUUCAAUUUUUUACAAUUUGUAUUAAAAAUGUGAAUUCAGUUUACCAUAAGAGAGCAUUUCCUAUAAACAAUAUAAAUGUACCAAUAAAUUAUCAAUAUAAUAAUUACAGGAAGUUUGCUUAUAUAGACUUAAAAAAAAAAAAAAUUGAAGAAAAAAAAAAAAAUGGAGUAGACAACAAUGUAACUAUCAAGAAAUGUCCACUGAGAAAUAUUACUUUAAAGAAUUUUGUUAGUGUAACUGGAAUAUCGAUACCGUUAUUUUUAGGUAGUUUAAUGAUAUAUAGUAAAAUGAAAAAUGAUAAAAAGAAUUUAAAUGAAGCAGAGAAAAAUUUUGGAAAAUAUUUAUAUAAACAUGAAAAUGAUCAAUUGAUUAGAAAUUAUGUCGAAGAAGAUAAACCCCUUAAUAUAUAUAAUAAAUUUAAUAAUAUAUAUAAUAAUUUUAUAACUUAUUUAAAUUUUUAUAUGAAUAUAAAAAAAGUAAAUACUAAGGACAACUUAAAAAAUUAUACAAUUUUAUUUUUUCAUUCUUACAAUGUGGAUAAAUUUUUACGCUCAAAAAAUAUCAAGACAUAUGUUGAUAGAUUAAAAGAUAUUUAUAAAGAGAUCAAUAAAAAUGGCGAUGUUAAUAUAGUAUACAUACCUCUUGAUAACAAAAUUUUAUUUAAUAUAAAACAUUUUAAUAACAUGAACUGGUAUAGUGUAUUGUUUAAUGAUAAAAAACUAAUCUUAAAAUUAAUUAAAAAGUAUAAUAUUAUGAAUAUUCCAACAAUGGUAUUAUUAGAUAAAAAUAUGAAUAUAAUAAAUGAUAAUAUAAAUUAUUUAUUAUUAUAUGAAAGUAAAGAUUUUCCUUACAAAGAUGUUACUAAUUUUACAUAUAUAAAAUAUUUAUUUGAUAAAAAUAAUAAUAAAUUCAGUUUAAAAGAAUUAGACUCAGAUUAUUUAUUUUUUUAUUUUAACAAUGACAAAGAAAAUAAAGAAGAUAUUCAAUCCUUGUUAAAAAUUAAAAAGAAAUUAUCAGAGAAAAAUAUAAAAUUCGACAUUGUUUUUAUAAAAGAUAUGGAAAGAAAAAAAGAGGACAAAAAUAAUAACAAUGUUAAUAAAAGCAUCGAUACAUCAAAUAAAAAAAUAAAUGUACAAGAAAAUACUAAUGAAAACGAUAAAAAAAAAAUAGAAGAUAAUGAUGAUGAUAAUUCAUUAAGCACAAUCAAUUUAAAUGAUACAGGAUCAAAUUAUGUUAAUGAAAAAAAUAAUUAUAUAGAUGAUAUUUAUUAUUUAGGAAGUUUAGAAAAUAACAUCAUUUAUAAACUUUUAUUAUAUGACAUUUUUGAUAUUACUUUUAAACCAGUAGGAAUUUUAGUUAAUAAAAAGGGAAAAAUUCUAAAUAAAUACAUUAAUAUCAGUAAAAAAGAUAAUGAAAUUGCUUCUUUUAUUUUAAAUAAUAAUAAAAGUUUAAAUGAACAAAUCAAUGAAAAAAAUUACAUGUUCAAAUAUGAAAAUAUUAAUAACCUAAGUAAUUUAAAUGUAUUUGCUCCUAUCUUUAUUUUAUUUAGUGAUAAGUUAGACUUUGAUUUAUUAGAUCAAUAUAACAUUUUAAUUGAAGAAUACAAUAAAAAUAGAAAAGGAAAAAAAAUUAACUUUUACUUCUUAUAUAAUGAAAAUAAAAAAUACGAGGCUUUAAAGAAAUUAUGUUCUGUAUAUGAUACAACUGAAAUGGUUAUAUUAGAUUUAUUUAAUCAAAAACUAUUUAAAGAAAAUGCAAAUAAUUUUAAUAUUCUACAAGAAAGAGAUGGAAAGAGAUUAAUAUCUAAAGAGGAUUUUUUUAAUUUUAUAAAUAAAUAUUAUGAUGAUGAUUUAUAUUCAUCUACAAUUAAUUUAUCUAAAGAAGUAUAA